CUGAUCACGUUCCUAACCUUCAAAUGUUGUGGAAAUGCUUACUUUUGCCACAAAAAAAUUAUUAAAUUUCCCAUUUGCACACUCUUCAAUGGCAAGUCGUUUCGAACAUAACCAAACUUUUUAUAGUCAACAACAUGGGUAGGUGUAAUAUCGGGUUUUUAGUGGAGGCAGGGCGCUUCGCGCCCUGCACCCCAUUACAAACAUGCCCCUAAACGUGGCACUUCUUGCUCCGUGGAUCAUUUAGUUAUUGGAAUUCGUGCGAGUUCAACUGUGUGUGUGUCGUUGGUUGCCUACAUGCGGCGCAACCAAUAGGGUGCAAACCAUAGGGCGAACACUAAAUAUUUUUUUCUGACACAAGGAAGCAUUUCCACAACUUUUGAAGGCAAGGAACGUAAUGAGGGGGUCCUGUAGAAGAGUUCUGUGCAAACAGUUUGUGCGAAAUCGAGAAGUGCUCUUUGUAAAAUUUGACCAAUGAUUACGUGUACUGUGAAUUUAUUGUGCUUUAGCUGAAACGUGAACAAUCACGCCCUAACACCGUCUAAUCUGGUCAAAUUAUACUGUUGAAGUCAUUUUUUGCUUGAGAAUGUUAGGUUAAAGUUUCAUAACCUUUUUGUAAGAGUCGUGGACGGAUAUUUUGGCAACCAAAAUGUCAACUUUGGAGUAUUCCGAAUCUGUUCGAACAUGGGGAAGAUCUUCAUGGAAAAACGUCCACAACUGCAAACUGUGUCCCUAUUUUACAACAUCGGUGUUCUUUAUGGUGAACCAUGUGCGACGACACCGUUUAUCUCAGGAAAAAUAUACGUGCGAAAACGCCAAUAUUGAAAAGUUUCAUUGUAAAGACUGCGAUUUUAAAACGGAACUAACGAUUCUGUUCAAACAACACAUUAAUAAAAAUCACGGUGUUAAAGACGAAUCUAUGGACGAUUUAUCACUUCAGGACUUCAGUGUACGAAAUUACGUUUGCGAAAAGUGCGAUUUUGAAACAAAUUUGUCGUUGAAGUGGCUUCAACAUACUUCAGAAUGCAUGGAAAAAAAAGAAAAUCUAACAAGUGUGAGUUUUGUGAAAGAGAAUACAAAUAUUUUCCAUUUCAAGAAAAUUGACGGAAAACGUUGGUAUUAUUGUACGAAAUGUUCCUACAAAGUUAGAAAUAAAGCUCAGUUAAGAUAUCAUAUGGCAAAACAUGAUUUAAACAAACAAUAUGAGUGUGAUAAGUGUCCAUUUAAAACCAAAUGGAAAGGAAAUCUAAGCAGUCACAUAAAACGAAACCACUUAGACGAACGUGAUGUUGAAUGGCACAAAUGUGAAAAAUGUCCUUACAAAACUAGAAGAAAAGAUCGUUUAAUAAGGCACAUAACCAACUUACACUUGAAUGAAGAAGGCAUCAAAUGGCAUCAGUGUAAUGAGUGUCCAUUUAAGGCUAAACAUGCAUAUAAAUUAAAACGUCAUGUAAUCUGUAGACAUUUGAAUGAAGAAGAAAUCGAGUGGUACAAGUGCGAAUAUUGUCCGUAUAAGGCGAAACUCAAGGGCUAUGUAACGAAACAUAUGAAUACAUGCAGUGGCGGCUGGUGGUGAUUUUUGAUGGGUGGGCAAACGGUUUUGUGUUUAAAGAAAUUUGCUGUAUUUUAUGACAAUUUUUUCAUUAAAAUUGAGAAAAAACUAAA